AUGUCAUUGAGUUCACAAUCAUCCUAUUCGCUUUAUCCAUUUUUUGCGGGAUCUGCUAGUGCAUUGAUUACAACGACGCUCUAUCAACCGCUCGAUUAUCUCAAGACACAAGUUCAAGAACCAAAAACUGAAUUAAAACAUCAAACAGUACCAAUUAAUAUGUGUUGUGGCGCUUUUGCUCGCGGUGCAGCUGAUUUAAUUAUAUUUCCAUUUACUUUAAUCAAAACGCGACUAGAAAGUUCACGCUAUGCCGAGAUGACAAUGACUAAUGUUAUGCAAAACGUUUAUAAAAACAAUGGAUGGAAAGGAUUUUAUAUCGGUUUAUUACCGACUUUAGGUCGAGAUUUACCAUUUUCUGGCUUAUAUUAUAUGUGUUAUAGGAAACUAAAAGACAAAUUUGACAGUGAUCCAAAUAUUCAAGUUAUCAAAUGGCUUCCAGCUCAAGUCUUAAUUACUACUGCAGCUGGAAUCACUGCAACGUUUCUCACCCAUCCAGCUGAUGUUGUUAAAACUUAUCGUCAAAUAGCACCAACAGAAUACAAAACAGUUUAUUCGACAAUCAAAGCAAUUACUAAAAAACAUGGUAUACUUGAGUUUGGUCGAGGAUUUGGUCUACGUGCUUUUCGACGAACAUUGGUUGCAGCAACGGCAUGGACGAUAUAUGAGACAAUCUCCCGUUUACGUUGA